AAGAUGGAAUUUUCGUCCGCUUUGUGGUAGUUUCAUGGUAGAAGCAUUGUCGGGUUGACGUGCUACCUGGCGCAGGGGAUAUCUACCAAUUCUAACAUGCGCACAUGCGUCACCAGUUCAUCUCUCUCUGCUCUCUCUCUCUCCGCGAUCGGACUUCUGUCUUGUUCUCUCUCCGACCCAAAGAAAGGCCUUUCAACCCUAAUUAAUAUCCCGUCUCUCUUCGCUGCGCCUACUCUCUCUGCAUCUUUGCUUCUUCUGUUGCUUCCGGUUCAGUGUGAUGGAUGGUCAGGAUCACAGGAAGACUAGUCCCAGUUCAGGCCAUGAGAACCAGGAGGUUCAUCUGUGCCACAAAUGUGGUUGGCCCUUCCCAAAUCCACACCCAAGUGCCAAGCACAGAAGGGCUCACAAGAGGAUCUGUGGAACCGUUGAGGGUUAUAAGCUGAUCGACCCGGGACAGCAUGCUAAUUCGGGUGUUUCUGAUGAUGAACAUGAUGAUGAUCCACUAACCCCAAGCCCGAAAACUGGGAAGAAGACUGGCGACAAUGAGAUUGUUACUGUUGGAUUUGCUGAGAGAUCAAAUAGAUCAGAAGAUGAUGUGUUUUCAGAUGCUGUUACUGAAUUUUCGGAUGGUGGGUUCACAUCAGUGAGCGAAGGUAGAUUAGAAUGUGCCACGGUAUCAGAUAAGAAUGAGGAAAAAGUUACAAAGGCUGAUGAUGCAACUGCCGAUGUAGUUCACCUAACAAUCACUCCAACAGAUAGAAGCAGCCAAAUGCACAAGCCCAAGGCUAUCGAAACUCCAUUGAACCUGCUGGAGACCACCACAUCCUCUGAAAGUAUUGUCUCGGGCUCUAAUUAUGAGCCAGUGUUAAGCUCUGAUAAUAGCACUGAGGAACUUGUUGUUGGCCUGCGUAAAGCGACUGAUUCAGCAAGUGAUUUGCCCCCUAACAGUCCUGGAACAUUUAUAAAUGCUCCAAGAGAGUACGUGAAGGCUGAUGCUGGUGAUUUGAUGCAAUAUUCAACCAGUGGUGUUGAACAGGAGACUAAUAUAGAGGAGAAUGAAGAACAUAGUACCAAAAUAACUCCGUCUGAUGUUGCAGAAACACCCAGCGAAAUUCCCAUCAAUGCUGGAACAUUUAUCUAUGCACCAGGAGAGCAUGUGAAGGCUAAUGUCGGUGAUUUGAUGCAAUAUCGGGGCAGUGGUGUUGAACAGGAGACUAAUAUAGAGGAAAAUGAAGAAAGUAGCGUCAAAGAAGCUUUGUCUUAUGUUGCAGUAACACCCAGCAGAAUUGCAAGUGAAUCAUCCGAGGUCAUUUCCAAUUUUGGGGUAAUGGAUCCAAAAACUUUAGAUUCUGGAAGUGCAGACCGAGUUGGGGAAUCAAAGGAAGAACAUCAUGAAUCAGGACUCACAUUGUCUCUACACAAUCUGUCACCUGAAGUUCAAUCUUUGAAAUUAAUUGAGACCUUGGCUAGUAAUGCUGAACUUGAACCAGAUUGUGCACAGGCUAUGGAUGUCAUUAGCUGUGUUAAUUCAGAUGAAGAUCCGAAAGACAAUGAAGCAGUAAAAGGAAACCUUCCUGCAACUGUUGAGUCUUGUGAAAUAAUUGAACCCGUGAUCAAUACUGAUAGAAGUACUGUCCACGAAGAGAACUGCUCUAGCUUCCAUUCAAGUAUGUUGGGUGCAAGCAGUGAAAAUUGCACAUUCAAUGCUACAGGAGCCCCACAGUCAAAAACCUGGAAUGGGACACAGGAAAUUCAAACAGAUUUUUGUAUUCAAGAGCAGCAUCCUCGUGAUUCUGGCAAUGGUUUGUCUUCAGUUACUUCCAAGGAUGAUAAAGUGAUUCAUACAACCAACUUAAGUACUGGUAAUGGCGCUGAUGAUCCUAAUGAUAAAGCUAAAAAAUGUGAUACAGAUGUUCCAGACAGCAAAGAAGUUACUGAGGAAGAACCAUCAACAAAUAUAAAAGCAGCUUCUGAGUCGGCAGAAAACCGUUCGGCAGUGGAAGCCGGCAUACUUGGGGCUGGUAAUAACAGUGGCCGUGAUAUGGCUAUAACUGGAACUUCUGAUUUAAGUGGGAAUGAAGAUAGAGAUGUGGCUCUUGGGGUAAAACCUGAAAUGAGCUCAGAAAUGACUCUUCUAUCCACAUGUAGACUCUCUGAACCCAAAGCUGCUGAAGAUGAAGGAAUGGACAAAGUUGUGAGCAACCUCCAAGAAAAUGAAACUGCCACUUAUGUUGUUUUAGAUUCAAGUGAAGUAGUGGGCCCUAAUUCUAGCAACAAGGAAGUCGCGGUGCCAACUCAUUCUGGCUCACAAAAUUGUGAGACCGAAGAUUCUCAAGAAGCCACUAAAGAACCCAACCUCAGUAGUAAGAAUGAGGUGCUGGUGGGGAUGUUUGAUGCCUCCCGUAGUGCUGUCAAAUUAAGUCAUGAUGGUGAUGCUAUAACAUCACAGGGAAUUCCAGAAAACCCAGCAGAGCAUUCGGCCGAGGAUUCUCAAGAAGCCACUAAAGAAUCCAACCUCAGUAGUAAGACUGAAGUGUUGGUUGGGAAUUUUGAUGCCUCCCAUACCGCUGCCAGAUUAAAUCAUGAUGGUGAUGCUAAAAUAAUUCCAGAAAACCCAUCAGAGAAUUCGGCCGAGGAUUCUCAAGAAGCCACUAAAGAAUCCAACCUCAGUAGUAAGAGUGAAGUGCUGGUGGGGAUUUUUUAUCCCUCCCGUAGUGCUGUCAAAUUAAAUCAUGAUGGUGAUGCUAAAAUAAUUCCAGAAAACCCAUCAGAGCUUUCGGCCAAGGAUUCUCAGGGAGCCACUAAAGAAUCCAACUUCAGUAGUAAGAACGAACUGCUGGUGGGGAUUUUUGAUCCCUCCCGUAGUGCUGUGAAAUUAAAUCAUGAUGGUGAUGCUAAAAUGUCACGGGGAAUUCCAGAAAACCAUCCAGAGCAAUCGGCCGAGGAUUCUCAAGAAGCCACUAAAGAACCCAACCUCAGUAGUAAGAAUGAAGUGCUGGUGGGGAUUUUUGAUGCCUCCCGUACUGCUGCUGUCAAAUUAAAUCAUCGUGGUGAUGCUAAAAUAUCACAGGGAAUUCCAGAAAACCCAUCAGAGCAAUCUGCCACGGAGUCUGAAUCUGCUGAGAAAAAUUAUACUGCAGUUGAAGGUGGCCAAAUCGGAGACAGUAAUAUGGUGCAUCUGCAAGAGGAAGGCGAUGAGAAUCCCACUAAACCAAAUGAAGUUACUGCAGUUGCUGUUUCCAUCGAUUCAAAUAGCCAAACUGAUGGUUUGGGAGGCAGCUGGGGUUCUGUUUCAGGUCCAAUAGUUUCCACGCAAUCAGAUGCAACAGCGGUGAAUGCUGAAUAUUCACCGCCAACUGAUUCUCAGGCACUGGAACAAUCAGUGACGGUAAACUUGCAGAAGCCCCAAGCUUCUUCUGCCGGACACCAUUCUAGCAAAUCAGAUGUUUUUGAUCCCCCGUCUUUCAUGACAUUGAUAGAAGCUGAAAGUAGGGUUGAUCAGGAAUCUCCUUCUGACAUAGUCAUGGAACCGGAUGCUCAACAGCCAAAAUCUGAUCCUCUACAAACUGCAUGGUUCCCAUCUCUUACCGAUGUUGUCAAUGAGUCGCAAGGAAGAAAGAAAAAUGAAGAGAUCAUUGCCAAGGUAACAAACUGGACUACAGGGAAGCAACACACCCCUUUGCAGUCCCUUCUGGGCGAAGCUGAAACGCCAACCAUGGUAAAGAAAGAUGAGAACACUACAAAAAAUGUUGAAUCACCAGCUAGGAAGAAAGAUGAAAAGCCCACAAAAAACCAUCAGAACUUGGCCAAAACAGUGAGUUCACUUCAGGGUUCUGAAGAACCAGCCAAACCAUCUGCCAAGAGUGGGGUGACAGCGGAAUGGAAUUCUCCGGCAAGGUAUCCUAAUGACCGCAAGAAAGAUAAGAGGAAAGUCAAGGGGAGACCAUAUUGGGUACCAUUUGUCUGCUGCUCUUCAAUACCUUAGAAGCUGUAGGUUUUUACUAUCUCUGUGGACAUAAUAUUGAGGGAUGAGAAGAAAGAAACCCGCCAGUUCUACUGAAAAGUGAGUUGAGUGAACUUUGGUCACUGUAUAUUAUGCUGCAAAAUGCUUGUCUGCUAGUUUACCAGUAACUGUACCAUUUAUGCUCUCUAGACUUUGCUUAUUGCAUAGUGUCUUGUAUAGGUUUGCUCUAAUACUACGGUUAGUUGAUAGCAGCAGUUAGAUUAUGACUUGAUUAAUAAAUAUGGUAGCAGCUGAUUGAAGUGCAUGCUCCCCAGUUCAUGUC